AAACCCGGAAGAAAGCGGUUGUUGCCUGUUUAACGUGCAAUGGCAACGGUUUUGUGGCGCGAUACUUGGGGUGUUCGUCCGAAUAUAAUUUUUAAGAAAUAUACGUAGAAAUCUGUGAUAGAAAUGUCUUACGCGUGUCGGGCUAUUGAUUUCUUGUGCGACAUUUCAAUAAAUUGAUGAUCGUAACAGUGUAAUCGGUGUAGGGGCGAAAUAAUCGACGGAAGAUUGUCACAGACCUGUUGCGCGUUCUUCAUACAUGACAAAAUAUUGUAAUUUCGUUUUUGGUAACGUUACAUUGGAUUAAAGAUGACUACGUCGUUGUCAUUAUUGGCGAGCCACGAUGAGGUGGUGCGAUGCACGGAUGUACUCGUAAAUGGAGCCUGCGAAGAAGAAUUUUUACAAUUUGCAAUAAAUCAAGAAGAAAUGAGACAAAAAUGGCUGGCAUCGAUACAAGAAUGUCAGCGUCUUCAUUCAGCUUUAGAAAAAGCUCAUCAAGAAGCAGCAGAUUUAGAUCGUAAAUUAAGUCAUGCUAGACGACUUCUGGAUGAGGAAAAACGAAAGAGGCGAACUGUUGAGGAACAAAGAAAUUCAUUGGAGAGGCAAAUUGCUAUGGCUAGGGAUCUUUUAUUUAAUGACGGUGGAAGAAAUUUAAAUGACGAAACCAGAGAGAAGUUGCAGUUUUUAAAUAAUACUACAUUGAAUGGCCGUCACAGUAACAUACAUGUCAAAGAUGUACACCAAAAUGAUAAAUUAAAUACUAUAGCGGAGCUGGACUCCACUGGUUCUAUAUUAAGCGACUUAAGUUGUUUCUCCAAGUCAGAAGAUGAUUUAGAUACCAGUGUAAUUGUUCAACAAAGUCAAAAGAAACGAGAAUGGAAGGAACAUAGACCUAGCGGUGAAUAUUCUGCAAAAAAACGUCGUAGCACAGUACAAAAGGUUGCAGAACUAAAUUCAUCUGACAGAAUAAUAGCUACAACUACUGUAGUUAUGCCUAAAGAAGGUCCUAUCACUGCAUCUUCUGUAAUCGAGGCAAUGCCAGCAGAUGAAAAUGCAGAUCCACAGGGUCCAUUACAUAACUCUUGCAAAAGGCACAAAAGUGGUGAUCGCAGUAAAUCAAAAGUAACACCUGUUAACAAAAACGAUGUGCAAACAGAUGCUGUACCAUCUGCACCAAAAGCUGAUAUUCUUACAUCAGGAUCAGACUCUGAGGGUGUUUUUAAACCUAGUCCAAAUAUAGGAGGAUAUACGUUAAAUACAAAGUCUGCUAGAGGUCAUAGUUUUAUAGCUAAAACAGUAAUUAAGCCAGAAGUUUGUACACCCUGUGAUAAAAGAAUUCGUUUUGGUAAAGUAGCUUUAAAGUGUAGAGAUUGUAGAGCUACAGCUCACACAGAAUGUAAAGAUUUGGUCCCAUUACCAUGUGUGCCCACUGGAAAUACACCUACAUUACGUGGCACUUCAGGAACUAUAGCAGACUAUACACCUAUGAUUCCACCAAUGGUACCAUCAUUAGUGGUUCAUUGUAUCAAUGAAGUGGAAUUGAGAGGAAUGGGCGAACAAGGUUUAUAUAGAGUAAAUGGUGGUGCAACAGAAGUGAAAUGCUUGAAAGAAAAGUUCCUUAAGGGUAAAGGUGCUCCUAAUCUUUCUGAUGUUGAUAUACCUACCAUAUGCUCUACCCUUAAAGAUUUUCUAAGAUCUUUACGGGAGCCGUUAAUUACUGUAGGAUUAUGGGCUGACUUUGUUCGUGCUACUGCUAUUACUGAUAAACAAGAUGCUGAUGCCGCUUUAUAUCAAGCAAUUUCAGAAUUACCUCAGCCUAAUAGAGAUACUCUUGCCUUCUUAAUAUUACACUUACAAAGAGUAUCAAGUAGUCCUGAAUGUAAAAUGCCUAUAAGUAAUCUGGCCAAAGUUUUUGGGCCCACAUUGGUAGGUUACAGUUGUCAGGAGCCAUCACCAACUUCUUUACUUACAGAAACCAGAAAUCAAGUUGCGAUAGUUGAAAAUUUGUUGAAAAUUCCUUCUGAUUAUUGGGCAAAUUUCGUUAAUCCUGAAAAUUUAAAUAAUGUUACUACUCAUAAAACAGCUGAAUUAAGGCAUACACCAUCCACGGAAUCUUUGCUUAAACGUAGUACUUCCCGCGGCUUCUUUAACACUCCACUUGCCUCUAGAACAUUUAUGAAGAGAAAUAAAAAAUACUUCGCAACACCACCCUCUAGAGCAGGUUUCUAAAAAGUAUAGGUACGUAUAUAUUACAUAAGUCAAGGUACAAAUAUGCGCACUAAUUAUCGAUUAUUUAAGUAUAAUUACACUUUAGUGUUUAAAAAUGUGCAACACAAUAAUUCUGUUUUGUUCAAAAAUUCAUGACUAUUUAAUGCAAAUAAUUUUUCGUGUAAUUCAACGGUAACAAUAAGUACUAUUAGAUUACGCUGUUAGUGUGUUUGAAGUUAAAGAAAUUAAACUAUUAAUGACAUAAUAUAUUAAAUAUAAUUAUUUUGUACAUGCGGAUAAAUAUAAUAACAAUGAUAAUCUCAAUAUUUUAAGUUGAGACUAAAACGUACUUAGUUAUAUCUGAAUUUAGUACAAUUCGUUACAUCCGUAGAGAUUCGUAAACGUGAUACUUUUUGUUAACACUGACACAUGUAAAAAUUUCCGACGGAAUAAGAAGAAAAAUUGUUUUACUUCAAUAUGACUUAACGUUUAAAAUAGAAAUACACGAACGGGUAAUAAAAAUUAUAAAUUUAUUAUUUCUAAUUUUGUAAAAAUAAUAUCUGCCUUAUACAAAUUAAAGUAAACUCGUCAAUGUAUAUUACAAAAAAAUUUUUUUAAUUCAUUUACAACAAUUUUAAACGUUAGCAAUAGUAUUUUCAAUUUGUACAUACUUUCUUUACUAUCGUAAUAAUAAUAAUUGUAUCACAAAUAUAUGUUACAAUUUAAAAGAAAUACACAAUUAAUUAUGGCAAAAAUAAAUUUUUUCGCUAUCAUAACGAAAAUGUAAGCUUAUGAAACAUUGUCCAUUUGAUAUUUCAGUCGGUGCCUUAAAAUGUCCGUGUGCCCGAUUUUUCUUUUAUUUCCCAACAACAUUCCCAGAAAUAUUUCAGUCUAUU